AUACCAUAUAAAUCGAACAGAUUCACGGACGAAAGAAAGCCCUUCCAUUUCCAAGAAAAUGCAAAUCCCACAACAACCACCACCACCGCCCUCCUCCUCCACAAAUGACAACACCAAAACCACACUCUUCAUCAUCCUAACCACCUCCUUUUUCUCCCUCCUCUUCAUCUUCACCCUCUCCUCUUACUCCUUCAACACCUCCUCCUUAUCCACCCAUGGCCGGCCCGACCCGUAUCUCUUCCCAAACCGCCAACCCACUUUCACAAAAAUCCCUUCUGAUCCAACCCCACCCUCCAUCGCCUACUUGAUAUCCGGGUCCAAGGGUGAUUUGGAUCGGGUCCUUAGACUUUUAUAUGCCACUUACCACCCGAAAAACCAAUACUUGCUCCACCUGGACCUCUCUGCUCCACAAACCGAUCGUGAUCAAUUAGCUCUUAGUGUCCAAUCAGUGCCUAUUUUUAAAGCUGCACAGAAUGUGAAUGUGAUCGGGAAGGCUAAUUUUGCUUACCCAAAAGGGUCUUCUACCAUUUCAGCCACACUUCAUGGCGCUGCUAUAUUGUUGAGGUUGCCAAAGAAAUGGGAUUGGUUUGUUAAUCUUGGUGCUGCUGAUUAUCCACUUGUUACUCCAGAUGAUCUUCUUCACAUUUUAUCAUAUUUGCCUAAAGAUCUCAACUUUGUCAAUCACUCGAGUUACAUUGGCUGGAGAGAGUCUAGACAAUUGAAGCCAAUAAUUGUUGAUCCGGGGCUUUACUUGUCGGAGAAAUCUGAGAUGUUUUAUGCUACUCAAAAGCGAGAUUUGCCUAAUUCUUUCAGGCUUUUUACAGGAACUUCAUUUUCCUUUGUAAGUCGUAAUUUGAUAGAGCACUGCAUCUUGGGUGUGGACAACCUUCCGAGGAUCCUAAUGAUGUAUUUAUCAAAUACACCUUCAUCCCUAAUCAAUUAUUUGCCAACAGUCAUAUGCAAUUCUCGUCAGUUCAAUAGGACUGUCAUAAACCAUAACUUGCAAUAUGUAGCCUUUGAGAAGCCUUCUAAGAAGGUGCCCCGCACACUUAAUUCUAGUGAAUUUGAUGCAAUGAUUCAGAGUGGAGCAGCCUUUGCCACUCAAUUCAAGUUAGAUGAUCCUGUACUCGAUCGCAUUGACCAAGAUGUUUUGGGACGAAAUCCUGGUGAAGUGGUGCCUGGUGGUUGGUGCUUGGGUGGUGAGCCUGGAAAUAUAACAUGCUCAGCUUGGGGUGAUGCUGAUAUUCUGAGGCCUGGCACUGGGGCAGCAAGACUUGAAAAACUAAUUGUUAGAUUGCUGUCAAAUGGUGAAUUUCACUCUCGUCAAUGUAUAGUUGAAUGACCUCAACCCUCAUUCACAUGGAAACAAAUAGAACACCAAGUAAAAGGGAGUAAUAUAGAAAAAAGAGGAGGGUGACAAAAUGAGAGACCAACCUUUGCCAUGUUAAAAUCUUGUAAAAAAAGUGUAAUUCAAUCUGAUGAUUUUUUGAGAAAUGAUUACUUUUUUUGUGGUUCUCU